ACGAGACGUGUGGCGUUGACCACAACUACGGGACCAUAUAUAUGCCUGACACAAAGAGAUUGAAUUGAAAGAAAGAGGAGAAAUGGAGUGCGUGUCUCCUUUCAAAUCAGACAUACUCAAAGGGAAAGUAGCACUAUUGACCGGAGGCGGUUCCGGCAUCGGCCUUGAGAUCUCCACUCAGUUCGGCAAACAUGGUGCCUCCGUUGCCAUCAUGGGACGCCGCAAGGCCGUCCUCGACUCCGCCGUCUCCUACCUUCAAUCCUUUGGUAUUCCGGCAAUUGGCUUGCAGGGGGACGUCCGCAAGCAAGAAGAUGCAAAAAGAGUUGUAGAGUUAACUGUCAAACAGUUUGGGAAGCUCGACAUUCUUGUUAAUGCUGCAGCUGGCAAUUUCCUUGUGUCUCCUGAGGAUUUGUCUCCUAAUGGCUUCAGGACAGUACUAGAUAUUGAUUCUGUUGGUACAUUCACUAUGUGCCAUGAGGCACUUAACUAUAUCAAGAAAGGGGGACCUGGGAGGAGUUUGACGUCUGGUGGAAUGAUACUGAACAUCAGUGCUACUUUGCAUUACACUGCAUCUUGGUAUCAAAUCCAUGUAGCUGCUGCCAAGGCUGCUGUUGAUGCAGUCACUAGAAAUUUGGCUCUAGAAUGGGGCACAGACUAUGAUAUUAGGGUCAAUGGUAUUGCACCAGGCCCUAUAGGUGAUACUGCUGGCAUGCGUAAACUUGGACCGGAAGAGAUAAGCAAUAAGAGCAAAGAAUACAUGCCUUUGUACAAACUUGGGGAGAAAUAUGAUAUUGCCAUGGCUGCUCUGUACCUUGCGUCAGAUGCUGGCAAAUACAUCAACGGAACCAUCAUGCCUGUCGAUGGAGGACUCUGGCUUAGCAGACCUCGACAUCUACCUAAAGAUGCAGUUAAAGAGCUCUCUCGAACAGUGGAGAAGAAAUCAAGAAAUGCACCAGUAGGAGUUCCUCCCAGUAAGCUUUGAGUUUAUCAACUAUACUUAUUAGGCAUUGUGGUUAAACACAGCACAUGGGAGCAAUUACAGUGCAGUCGCAGCAAGGAACUUGUUGAAAAACUCUAGUAUUAUUUCUGGCUAGUGUCCAUUGCCAUACAUUUAAAUACAUAUACUAGGCUAUUGGAAACUUAAAUUGGACAGCAAAUUAUGUUAGUACUUUGUUUUUGUUUUUGUGUACCAUUCAAUAAAGACAGAUACCCAGCAAGUAUUAAGUCAAAAGAUUUCCUA